CGUCAGAGGUGGAGAUGUCAUGGCGUUUUCGGAGCUGAGACUGGAGCUUGCCAUCUAGUUAAAGGUUGUCGUCGAUGCGUUCAACGAAAUGGAGAAGGAUGCAAACCCUCAUCGAGACGCGGGAGGAAGUGUCCUGUGCCCCGCUGUCCCCGCAGAACCCUCGGAUAUCAAAACAGUGGGCGGAAUGAAAGAUGUCUGCGAGAAGAGAGCGACUCUGAGUACUUGUGCAAGUGCUAGCGGUGCUAAUGCUACACCCUGCACACAGACAUCAGAUGCUGCUGAGACAGUAAGCAAAAGCGGACAACCGAACGUUUUACCAGAGACACCGUCGCCCGGUGCAGCGGAUCAGCUGAGUAACGGGAUGGGAUACGAACCGUCGAUGACCGCUGCUGGGAAUACGGAGGGUGGCACCUCAAAGUUAGUAAACAGCCUCACGGGAGAGCAACCCGACGCCAAUAAUGUGCACGCGCACGGUUUGGAUGGAGGGACUCUAGAAGCGACGAAGCUGGCCAAGUCUGCUUAUUUGUGUUCGGACAAAGCAAAAUCCGCGAGCUCGAAUUCAAACGAUCACACCGUGUCCGAGGGUCCUCCGAGCGGGAGUGAGCCCAGCAUCGCAGGAGAGUCCCGCAGCUUUGAUUCACUGGAGUCCUUCUCCAACCUCAACUCCUGCCCGAGUUCAGACCUCAACAGCGAAGGGCUGGAGGACAAGGGGCUGGCUUUGACGAUUCAGAGUGAAUACGGGGCUGAUGGAACGAAAAUCCCCUGUCCUAAAGACAGGGUGACCGGUCAGUCGUUGUACCACAUCAAGUGGAUAAAGUGGAAGGAGGAAAACACGCCUAUCAUCACACAGAACGAGAACGGGCCGUGUCCGCUGCUGGCUAUUAUGAAUGUCCUGCUAUUGUCAUGGAAGGUCAAGCUGCCACCAAUGAUGGAGAUAAUAACAGCAGAGCAGCUGAUGGAAUAUCUAGGAGACUAUAUCCUUGAAGCAAAGCCAAAAGAGAUCUCGGAGGCUCAGCGGCUGAACUAUGAGCAGAAUAUGAGUGAUGCUAUGGCUGUGCUGCAUAAACUGCAGACAGGUCUGGAUGUAAACGUUAAGUUCACAGGUGUGCGGGUAUUCGAAUACACACCCGAGUGCAUUGUCUUUGACCUGCUGGAUAUCCCACUCUACCAUGGAUGGCUGGUUGACCCACAGAUGGCUGAUAUAGUCAAGGCAGUGGGAAACUGCAGCUAUAACCAGUUGGUAGAGAAGAUAAUCAGCUGUAAGCAGUCAGACAACAGCGAGCUGGCUGGGGAAGGUUUUGUGGCAGAGCAGUUUCUGAACAGCACAGCGACUCAGCUAACAUACCACGGCCUGUGUGAACUCACUUCUACUGUAGAAGAGGGAGAACUGUGUGUCUUCUUCAGGAACAAUCACUUCAGCACCAUGACCAAAUUUAAGGCCCAGCUGUACCUGCUGGUAACGGAUCAGGGGUUUCUCACUGAGGAGAAGGUGGUUUGGGAAAGUCUGCAUAAUGUCGACGGAGAUGGAAACUUCUGCGACUCAGAGUUUCAUCUGAGGCCACCCUCUGACCCGGAAACUGUGUACCGUGGUCAGCAAGACCAGAUCGAUCAGGACUACCUGAUGGCGCUGUCUCUGCAGCAGGAACAGCAGGCCUCAGACCUGGGUUGGGAACAGAUCCCAGAAGGCAUCAGUGAUCUAGAGCUGGCCAAGAAGCUGCAGGAGGAGGAGGACCGCAGAGCGUCACAGUACUAUCAGGAGCAGGAACAGGCACAGGCGGCAGCAGCAGCGGCUGCGCAGGCACAGGGACAACAACCAGCAGCUGGUGCCGACCAGGUGGAUAGAGUAGCAGCUGCUGGAGCCCCAGCGGGGGGAGCCACGGCUUCUCCAAGCCCUGGAAAACAGCCCUCAACGGGGGAACGCAAACCCAAGAAGGAAGCCAAGGACAAAGACAAAUGCAUCUUGUUGUAACGGCAGUGGACUACGUGAGUGUGAAACGGGCAGCAGUUUAAUUCCAGUGGCUCUGCAAUGCAUCUCCCAGCCUGAGGUGGAGAAAGAAUAGACGACAGAUGAAGUGUGAUAGACGAAGAGGACUUGCCAUUCUCAAGCCACUUGUGCCUGACUUUAACCCUCGGAGUUCUGAAGAUGCAGACAAGAAGAGAGGGGUGUCACUACAAGGACUAUCACUACAUCUUUCGUAGAGCUGGCCAAAUGUUCUCAGCAGGAAAACCACUGCAGUGCACUAUAUUUGUGUGGGGUCACCAGGGAGGUUUUUUUUGGUAGUAAAACAAGGUAAUGUACACACAGCAGUAGGCAAAAAGCCCCCCCCGAAAAAAAAAGUGGCACUACAUUUUUUUCAUUAUACAAAGCAUUUUCUUUUUUGUGAAUUUCCGUUAUUGAUGUUUAUAAGCUAUUUUAUACCAGGUUACCCCUACAUGUGCACAUGUAGAUCUGUUGUAUUGGUCAGUUUAUUUUAUUUAACUGAAGGAUAUCCAAGAUCUUUUAAUGAAUGGCCGUUCACAUGAACAGGUAGCAAGCCAACAGGUCGUUUGGCAAAGGUGAUGUCUCAGGACAUGACGUAGGCCACCGUAGUUCUUUGCCUGGCAGUUUGUUGCCAAAUUUUUCAUUGUUGAUAUUGUAAGGAGAAGUCACUUCCAUUUUAGAGAGUGAGAUCUUGAUGAAACAAAUGCAUUCAAAAAGGGUUUCCUUAUCAGGCAGUAUAAGAUCCAGUUUGUUAUUUAAAUGCGUCUACAAAAGAAUAUUUGCAAAUAGGACAUAACUGUUAAUAUCAGUGAACAACUGACACUACCAUUAAUGUAAAUAGCUUUAAAAUAUCAAAGCCAGUAGAUUAUAUAAAAUACAUGGCCAAGUUUUUGCUUCGCCCCACACCUUUUACCUUUCAGCCAAAUGUUUGGUUCAUAUUUGCCUUAUAAAAUGAAGUAUACGAGUAGGAUCAUCAUCCAUGAAAUUUGGCAUUGCUCAAUGAACUACAGUGUUAUUGCCCCCAAAACUGAAUGGUUCUUCUAAAGAAAUCUAAUUUUUGUUCAUAACGGUUUGUUUUCCGCAAAUGAUAUUGGUUUUACAAAGGGCCGAUGUUAAUACUGAAAUAUGAAGAGCAGGUUGGCCGAUUCUUGAAAGAAAUAAGAGGAAAUUUAGCACUACUGUAAACCAGGCAAGCGACACUUAUUGCCCAAUGGCGAUAGUCUGAAAAUGGACACUGGCCAAAUAAAUGAGCUGACGGAUAUAUCGGCCUAUCGCUAGGUCUAGCUAUAAGUUUCACACUCUUUCAUGUACAUUGUACAUACUCAUAUAUGCUAUAUGGACGUAAUGUAGGAAAGGAUUACUCAAGCCCAUUCUGUUCCAGUGCUGCCUCCUGAGAGACAAGGUCUUUUCUAUCCAAACAUUCCAGCUAUAUGCCUUGAACUGAGCAUUGUACUGAGGUUUAGGCUCAGGGAAGCGCUAAAGUUGGGCUAUUUUACCUGCUGUUCUGCUCUCACAAUGCAAGAAGGAACAACUCCUGCAUGUAGAUGAGCCUCGUGAUGGUUUAGUCAUCAGUUUUCCUGGUGGUUAACGUUACAUGCGAGCACAGAAGAUGCUGAUAAUGCUAGUCGUGGGCUGGAGCGGUUCAUUCGACAUUUGGUCCCUCAGUGGCCAACACUCUCUGUAUAUAAAAAGCCUUACAAUAUUUACAGUAUCUUUUAUACUGACAAAGAUAGGUGAGAGACAAGACUGAGACAAUCUGAGCUUACCUUAGACAGAAAACCGCACAGGCCUUCACAGAAGGAACAUAUCCACGUGUGUCUUGCAAACAGUUUGAGUUAGCUUACUUGGUAACAGAUAUAGAUUCAAACUAUGUAAAACACAAGGUUUUAUUUAAAAGUUCCCUUUGAUUAGGCCAGUUCGCACCAGAAAACCACACUCCCAUUAGUCCCAUAGGAAGCAGGGAAUGCAGAAGUUCCAAACACAGUAUUUCCAGCACUUAAACCCCAUGCAUUUCAGUCUGUACCGAGCACAUUCACUGGUAAUUUUGAUUAAAUGAUUGCAUUUUGUGACAUUUUAGUUAGUUAAUGUUCAUCGAUAUUAUCAAGUUAAAUUCUCAUGUAACGUUAGUCUACGCUAUGGAAGCAAUCCCCCUUCCCUCCAACAUUACAUUUAAGGCUACUAUAAAUAGUCAAUGUAAAACUAUGCGUUAAUAUUUACUCGAAAUUGCUGCAAAUAUGUUAGCUGCUGCUAUCUGUCCCGCUUAAACCACAGAUUUUAAAAAAAAAAACAUUCAAACGGGUUCUAGCGCCAGGGGCUACAUGAACCACAUGACUGCUUCACUCAAAGUAGUAGUAUGCCACAUGUAGACUGGACAUUUUCUGAAUGCGCUGAUCUGUGCCACCUGACCGCUGCAGAUUCAUGUAACGUUAGACAAAAAAAAAAAAAAAAAAAAAAAAAAAAAAAAAACCUUUGUACAGUGCGUGCCAUCGUAAAGUCUAACGUUAAGUCUAUCGCUCACAGCUUGGCUUUCAUUGGCGUUAAAUUAAAUGCAAUAUGGUUUAUAAUCUGUCACACCAACAGAUGAAAACGCGGUUUAUUAAAACCUCGCCCUGCAGUUCUGUUGUCUGCUGCUUUAAACGCUCGAGCUUCUAAAAUUUUUCAUCGUUUAUCAUCUGAUUUUUUUUUUUAAAUAUACGAUAUCGUUCCUUUUUGAAAUACGCUAUAGAAUUAGGAACACUUAGAAAACGUUAUAGUUAUCGUCCUUUAUAUUAACAGCCCUUUAAACUUUAUAGUUAACUACCAUAUCAACCCCUGAUCUAUAGAUCAGUGAUUUCAACUCCUAGUUGGGCUUUUAAGAGAAAUAGUAUCUAAUUUUUUUUUUUUUAAGUUGUUAGGGGUGCCCAACCCUGCUCGUGACGAUCGACUGUCCUGCAAAGUUUAGCACCAAUCCUAAUCAAACACACCUGAAGCAACUAAUUAAGGUCUUCAGGAUCACUUAAAAAUUAAAGGCAGGUGUGUCUGAUUAGGGUUGGAGCUAAACUUUGCAGGACAGUCCAUCGCCAGGAGCAGGGUUGGGUACCCCUGCAGAUUAAUUAGUUGGUAUCCUAAUAGUGUUGAGCCAGAAAAUGCACAUGUUUUAGUCUGUAUUUGUCAUGUUCUUAUCAUUACCGAGGGUACACUAUAAUGUAUGGUUUCACACUACACAAACAAGGUAUAGAUUUACUUUCAAAACAUCAGUAAGCUUCUUUCACCUCUGCAACUGGUGUUAUACUGGAGGAAACACAAGCCAGUCAGUAUAGAGCUGGGAGAGAAACGUCUUGAAGGUUUUGUACUGGGGUGGUGGGGUGGAAUAGGCUCUGAUUCAAACACUUCCUCAACUGUUACUCUUGCAGGUCAGGUUAAAUAUGGACAUUCCAAGGUGCUUUUGAUCAGUGGCAUGUCUGAUAAAGGAGUGAUUAAGGACAAUGUGCAACAGACUUCUCCAGCACACACAAGAUGUACUCGCUGUGCAUUAGCUUGUCAUUUGUAUUGAUUGCCAAUAACUUUUUUUUCUUCUGUAAUGUGCUUCGGCUUUAACCAUUUGCUUCUAAAGUGAUCUUGUUAACUGCAGAUGUGUAAAUUGUCACAAGAAUAUACAUGUUAGUGGGAUACAUACUGAAAUGUCAUAUUUAUAGAAAGGAGAAAAAGUGGAGUUUGUGGGUUCAGUCUCCAUGAAGAAAAUAGAAAGUCCAUUUCAAAGAGUAAACAUGGGAAAUGGCUUGAAACUGUUUAAUAUAUUUAGCUAAUGCUAUUUUUAACCUUCGAAUAAUAUUAGUAAAUGUUCCAAGGCCUUGUUUGCUUAGUUGGCCAUUGGUGUGCAGCACCCAUUGAAGCUCCAUUAUAGGUCCUAGACCGUUUUAGUUCUUUAUGCACUGUUACAUUGAAUGCACUAGAUAAGAAAUAUACCUCUUUUUAUACAAAAUUACAGCUGAACCUGAUUCAUAACACAAAAUCAUUUUUGCAAUAAGGCUUGUACUUUUGGAGCUUAAAGAACUGAAUAUAAAGAACUUUGUAAUGGUUGAGUUUCACCCUAAAUGCCCUUCCAGAUGUAAACGAAAUGUUUGCAAGACUUCUCAUGAAUAUAAUUUGAUGUUUUCAUAUCUUAGUGCCAUCAAGUGAUAUGGGAAUGAAAGCAACAAAUGAUGAAAGAGCUUGUGAAGGAGUUGAUCCAUGUUGACAGGGCAUUAACAAGGGUGAUCCAAACUAAUGACCAGUGAGGGUAAUCAUCUUCUUAAUUUCAACUGAUAUUGAAAUGCCACACAUUACACACAUGCUUUCUUCCAAUGAUGGGAACUGGAAAGUUUUCUCCUGCAUGUCUUGUCAGUUUUACUGGGUCAGUCCAUAAUGGAAAUGCAGUUGUGAUGCAUGUUUAACAGCUGAAUACAUGUACUUCUAAAUCAUUUUAAGAAACAGUCCCAUUACAAUUUCUAUUUUAUAUCCUUUAUACGUGUAUAUUUACACAAAACAUUUUAACUUAGCAAACAGAAAAAGGAUUACAAUUUUUACAAAAAAAAAUCAGGAUACUAUAAGGGUCAACCUUUUAUUGUGUGUAAGGUUCAUUAAUGACCAAAAACAUUUAUGUAGCCCAAUAGUGUCAAAAAGUAGAUGGACAACUUUUCUGUAACAAAUGCCUUAGACGAGGGACAAUACGUCUUAAUAAAGGAAAUCUGGUUCGUGAGUCUGUGUGAUUCUUCUGAUUGUCAUUCACAGUCUUCAACUUCAGAUUUGCUAAAGUUUUUCUUCCACAGACUGUGGGCAGAUACGGUUACAGAUACAGAAGCAAACUAUACAGAGAUGGUCAUAAACCACAUAAUUUAAUAGCUUGUAGAAUCAUCAAAAAAAAAAGUCACAUGUUGAAAUGCUAAAGGAAUUACAGGUGUGUCUAGUGCUACUCGCAGUAGUCUGCCCAAAGUGUAUGAGAGUAUCUGAAACAUGAAGUUAAAGUUAUCUAAACAAACACUGGUUAAGAAAUAAGCUGUACAGUCGCACCUAUAGAAUCAGGAGAACAGGAGAAUGUAUGUGCACAAAUGUUGUUUACAGGUCACCAGACAACAGUACAGAAAAAAAAAAAACCUACAUGUAAAGCCUUUUAUAAAGACAA